GAUUCGACGCUAAUCCAUUGUAAUCCCCAUAGCAUCCGACCUCUUUCCAUUUCCGGUUGAUAAGUAGUAUUCUUACUAGGCAGUAGUGGUGUUAAUGUUUACAGAUUGAUAUAGUUUAAAAUGGAAAACGUGAGACUUCAGGGGUUUAAGACGUUUUUGACUGAACACUUCACCGCGCUGGCCGUGGAGGUGUUCAGUGAGGUUGAGAGCAUGAUGGAGGCUUGCUACGAAGAAAACAAACGACUGAGGAACAUGCUGCACAUGGUGCUGACCCCUGAAAUAAAGUUAACCAGGAUAGAUGCCAAUUUGUACAAAGAAGCACCCCAAAUUACCGGAAAGCAACCUUUGGAGCCAAACACAACGUCGAGCCUUGAAACAGCAGAGCCGUUGAAUAAAAGACCUAAAGAAGAAACGAUUGAAUAUGAAAUUAGCUGGGAGACAGAACAGCCACAGGUGCCAGCAGAAGUGGAAAACGCCUUUCCAGCUACCGUAAAAGAUGAUCCAGAAGAUGAAGAGGAAAAAGCAACCUGCAUCACAGAGAUACCCAGAGAAUUGCAGCACCAGGACUCUUCUGCCACGAUCCCAGCUUAUGACAAUGUAAGCAAACAUGAAGGCUGGUCAUCCCCGGGGGCAGAGGAUGCUGCACUUGCAUCAUUGCAAGUAAAUGAAGACAAGAUGGACGUCAAGCAGCAAAUAAAUCCUAAAACUACAAGUAAAAAUGAGUCAAAGUUCUCCCAACAGAAGACAAUACUACAAAUGCCAAGGAUGAUGCUCCACAAGUCUUUUACCCUUUCCCGAGUUGACCAACAGUCCUUUUUAGAAAGACUUUCUGAAGCGUUUAGUGAUUUCCCCGACGACCAGAAGCCGCUGAUAACCACAGUGGGCCUAAACCUUGACGGGGAAUGGACAAAGUGCGCUUUCGGUGAAGUCCCUAAAGGCUCCCCCAUUUCCUACCAAUGCCCACUGCCAUCCAGUCAGGAUUUCAAGCCUCAUUAUGAUGCCCCCCCUCAACCGUUGCUUCCCUUGUCCCGUCACACGCUGGAGACAGAGACUGUCAUUCCUACGCUCAGUGCUCAAGAGCAGACAUUCAUAAAUGCCAUGAAUGUUACCUGGGAGGAAGCGCACAGCCUGGAGGAAAGCACCCGAGGAAAUAAGGAGGCUGCAGAUCAGCAACUGAAGAUGCGUCUCACCGGCCGAUUUAGAGACAUCUGCAACCUGAAGCCAGGACGGAGCCACGCAGAACACCUCCUGUUCAAGAUUCAGAAAGGAAAGCCAGGGUGCAAGACUGCACAGAUCGACAUGGAAAUGAAGCCAGAAGCUCUUCGGGAAUACUGCCGGCAUUUGUGCGUCAACUGGUCGCCUUGCGGUUUGGUUGUCCACCCAGAUGCUCCGUGGUUGGGAGCGAUGCCUGAUGGGUUGGUGUACGACCCCAAAGAGAAGAGCAGCUUUGGGCUGGUGCACAUCCAGUUCCUCAAUGUCAAAAGCUUCAUAGAGUGUUCAUUUCUGACUUGUAAGAACGGAGCGCUGCUGGUAAAGAGAGCCCACCGCCAUUACUGGCACAUGCAAGGAGAGAUGCUGAUGACGGGCACGCCAUGGUGUGAUCUAGUGCUGUACACCAGGGAAGACAUGCUGGUCCAGCGGAUCUACCGCGAUGAGGCUUUCAUCAAACUGAUGAAAAAGAAGCUGGAAGAAUUUUUCUUCUAUUAUUAUCUGCCCAACCUGAUUUAAGUUUGAUGUGACAAAUUGAAUCUUAUGUUUGCAGCAUCUCAGGGCUUUUGUUGGAUUGAGGUUUUUCACUAUAGCUUCAAAGUAUAUCAAAUAAUCUGGCCCGAAUGGCAUUGGAAAUGUUAUUUCAUCACAUGUAAUUAAAAGCUUCGAGUCUAAAGCGAUAUUCACAGUAAGCUGUGGUUCGGCCAAAUCACAAGCAAGAUAUUUCUAUUCAGUAAAGCCGAUUUAGGAGGAGUAGCUCAAUUUUCUAAACAGAUAUCCGUAUAAUUUUGUUUUAGCAGUUCAUGUUCUGAGAAUGGCAUUGGAGAAGAAUAUUGGUUCCCUGGACUUGUUGGGGUUACUUGCUCUAGUAAACAUUUGAAAAGCUGUGGUGAGAAAUAAAAAUAUUGUACACAAUUCUCUGCAGGUGUUUUGUUACCAUGUUGUGCAUUAAUUUCACGAGCUGUAAUUCUACUACCACUGUUGUUUCGGGUAUUGGAUACUUUGUUUUUAACAGAUUAAAAAUUGUUGCUUUUUCAGACUGACCAUCCAGAGCUGUGGGGGUUGUAUUUCUUUUUUUCACUUUCAAAAGUUGCUCAAAUUCAGAAAAAAAUUAACAUUUGUUUAAUGGCUAAUUUGAAAGUUGGAUUGUUGAGAAUUAAAGUUGCUUUUAAAUCUUGUAUUAUUACUUAUCUGUCUAAUUGCUCAUUUUAUCAAGUUUCCUUUGCAGUCUAUGAGGUACGAAGUAGAUAUUUUUCUGGUAUAGAGCAUUGAAAAAUAUCUUAUGAAACAUGAUAAAUGUAUCCGUCAGUUUGCUUGUCUAUUAAUCCAUUGUACC